GACUUUAGUCCCGUGUAUUCGCGACCCAUGUAGCGGACUGUCGAGUUUACUCAAAGUGACAUAUUUUGUAAGAUUCAAUUCAAAUGCGGUCGUGCCUUGUACCCUUUCCGCCGCCCAAAAUGUGCUGCUCAAUAGCCCAUGACAGGAGGAUCGUAAGCACGAAAGCCGCGAUCUCCAAGUACAACGAGAAGCCGUACGUAGCGUCAGCAUACCGCAACUGGGUGAACUGGCUGAAGACCAAGAACGACAGCACGACCGAGAAGAUUGCCGACAAGAUCGUGAGAAACCGAGUCAUUUGGACCAUGCAACUACGGUUGUCGCAGCAGCACACGCCAAAGACGAGCAUGAUAAACGACAAGAACAGGCAUAACGGACUGCCCAACGUCAUCGCUAGCACUGCCUUGCCUGUGCUCGAACACGUCUUGUCCAAAAAGUUUUUCAUGGCGUCCUUUCGCAGGCCCGACAUGGUGCCAAGUGCGCCCGCGGCGCGGUCGUUGUCGACAGCGUAGUGGUCGCAAAUGCUUGUCAUGUACUUGUCGAAUUUGAGCUGGCCGUCAAAACGCGCAAUCGUGCGCUCGAGGGGGACAAAGUAUCCGUAGCAGUCAUUGAUGUUGUAGUUGGACGCGGUGUUCGUGCCUUUGACCAACGUCGCCGUGUUGUCCCACUUGACGUCGAGGCACAUGAGCAUCACACCAAAUCCCGUGUCAGCGCCUUUCACAACGCCAUUGUACGACACAUCCACGGCUGAAUUGGUCACCCACUUGGAUGACAGGAGCGCAGUCAGCGCAGACGCCAACGCGAGGAAGUUCAGCGCAAUUGCAAGCCCUCCGUAUCCACUGCACCCCAU